CUAGUAGCCCAUCUCUACUAGCCUUGGGGCCAACUCCUGCCCUCUGCCAGGACUGGCUGUGGCCUCUGGCUGGUCAACUCAGAUUCUUCACCUUGCACCAUUUUAAUUGGGUUUUGGAGGGUGUGAUACUGGACUCUCAGCAUCCCUGUGUUCCCCAGUAACCUACCCCAGACCCCAGAUACGGGGGCUUUCCUUGGUUCCAGACUGGAAUGGAAGGAAUGAUCUUUCUGACUGGAGGAAGCACCCACCCACCUCAGCCAGCCCUCCCUUCCUCUAAAGGGGCCCCAGCUCACCUUCUGGCCCUCCAAUCUUGUCUAUAAUUUUAAUUGCCACUUUUCUUUGGUGUUUUUUGGAAAAUGCUUCUUUGACUUUUGAGUAGGUCCCUUCCCCAAUGGUCUUGCCCAGCUGGUACCCAUUGGAGAGCAGAAAGUCCUCCAUGCUGUCUAGUGCCUCCUUCCUUCCUAUCACCCUCUCAGCUCAUGCUGCCUCUGCGAGGCAGCUCUACUCCACCAUCGCCCUUGGCCUGCUUCUUUUCCCCCCAAAGACUUCAUCCGCAGCCGCCCCCAGCGCUAGAACAUUCUCCGUCUGGACACAGCCGCGGGUGAUGGGAAGGGAGAGGACCAGACAUUUUAAAACUCUGGUCCAAUUGUGAUGUAAAUGCUGUGUGACCCUUGGCCAAAAUGGGCAGUGCCCCUACCUGCCCUCACCACCACCACCACCAAACUCAGCACAGGUUAAGUCACCACCGCCGCCGCCGCGCCCGACAGCGAGUCACAACCCCGCCUCGAGGGCGCUCCGGGGUGUCUGCGUGGGGCGGAGAUGCCUCUCGGCAUGUUGCCCUGACCUCCCGCGCCUCCAUGGGGCCGCUGGGGGUCUCCCCCACCCGGUCUCGAGAGGCCAUGCCAAGAACCUCCAGCUCCCAGCUCCGGCCGGUGUUAAGUGUCCGGGCAGUCUGGGGCGCCAGGGGACUUCCCCGGCGGGAGGAACGGGCUCUGUGAGGUCACCGCGCCGCAGCCCGGGUCACAAUGCAGCCCUCCCCCUCGACGCCCGGGCCCGGAUGCGCUGCAGACACCUGCCCGGCUCCGCCUGGACCGGAGCGUCCUCCCGCGGCCAGGGCUCGGGCAGCUGCUUCCAGCCUGGGACCGGCCUCGGCCUCCGGCAGAGAGCCCCGGGGCCUGGACAUGAGUGCCCAGGAGCCCCCGCAGGGUCGAAGAUUCCCCAUUGAGGCGGGAGACUCCCCUGGCCUUGCCGCUGCCCCCGAGUCCCAGGACAGCCCGGAGCCUGUAGCUACAGAGCACAACCCGGUCAGGCCGCUUCGUCGCUGCCCGGGCUGCCACUGUCUGACGCUGCUGCACGUGCCCAUCGACGUCUACCUGGCCAUGGGCCGGAGCCCCGGGGCCCGCGCCACCUGAGUGCGCCUGCGCACGGCGGCUCCGCGGAGCCGGGCGGGGGACAAGGCCGCCGCGGGCCACCACGCUGAGGUCGCACGCGCCGAGCACGAGACAAUGAUGCACAUUUUAAAAUAAAAGAAUGAUGCACAUUUUAAUAAAGCACAGCAUAAACUGUUCUUUCCA